AUGGCAUUCGAAACCACCGCCGGUCUCGCACUCCUCGCUCUCGCGGGCUCCGUCAAAGCCCAGUCCGUGGAUGGCUCCAAGUAUAACAGCCCAACCAACGGUCCUCCGGCCAGCUACUUUGCCGCGGCCACGACCCUGCCCGUCGCGGCCUUGCAGUCGGCCGCAGCCAAGGCAAGUUCUGUGCCAUCCAAGGCUACCUAUCCUGUCAAUACGGACAAGAAUUCUCCCAAGUCGACCAUUCAUAGCGAUUGGGUCAAGUUCAACCAAGGUGCCGCACUCAGCUGGGUAGCCGACAUGGAUGUCGAUUGUGAUGGCAUAGACUACAAGUGCAAGGGCAACGGGGAUGGCCUGCCCGAGACCAACUGGGGAGCUCUGUCAGCGUAUGAGGUUCCCUGGAUUGUCAUCCCGGACCAGUUCCUCACGGCCAACGAGGACUUGCUUCCGGGUAACAACAUUGCCGCAGUGAUCUGCAACGGCAAAAUGUACUACGGCAUCCUAGGUGACUCCAACGGCGACGACCCCGAGGUAACCGGCGAAGCCUCAUGGCUCAUGGCCCGCACCUGCUUCCCAGACGACGAUCUCAACGGAGCCGAGGGACACGCCGAAGCAGACGUAACCUACAUCGUCUUCACCGGCGACGACGCUGUCCUCCCCAGCAGUGCGAUGGACAAGAACUACAUCACCAACUUCAGCACCCUGCGCUCAAUGGGCGACAAGCUGGUCGGCGCUCUCGCGUCUAACCUGGGUCUCUCCAAGUCAGGCUCUGGCUCUGGCUCCAGCGCCAGCGCCAGCGUGCCCUCCCAGACCACCUUGGCCACGAGCGCCGCCAGCACGCCGAGUCCUUCGGGCUCCACGGCCACCUGUUCCUGGGAGGGACAUUGCGAAGGCGCUAUUUGUUCUACUGAGGAUGACUGCUCGGAUGAUUUAGUCUGUGAUAGUGGGAAGUGCAGCUCUGCUGAUGACGAGGAUGAGGAUGAUGAUAAUGAUGUGGAUGACGAGGAGGACGAUGAGGAUGACGACGAUGAUGAGGACGAGGACGACGAGGACGACGAGGAUGACGAGUGA